AGGGACGGGGCCAGGGACAGUCAGGCUGGGAAGAAAAGAGAUGGGUGAUGCUGGAUGUCCUAAAGCCAGGAAUUGCUGCAGCUUUUAAUGCACAUUGUGAGAAGCUCACAGUGUGCAGUAACAUCAGAGGAAGCCAUUUCAGUCCAGGGGAGGAGCCGGUACACCUGUGCAAGACUGGAGAGGGAGGAGCCAGUACGCCUGUGGGGGGGGGGGGGGGAGCUGGUGCGAGUGGUGGGGGGGGGGGGGGGGGGGGGGGAGCUGGUACGCCUGUGCGAGUGGGGGGGGGGGGGGGGAGCUGGUACGCCUGUGCGAGGUGGGGGGGGGGGGGGGGAGCUGGUACGCCUGUGCGAGUGGGGGGGGGGGGGGGGGGGGGGGGGAGCUGGUACGCCUGUGGGGGGGGGGGGGGGGGGGGGGAGCUGGUACGCCUGUGCGAGGGGGGGGGGGGGGGGGGGGGGGGGAGCCGGUACGCCUGUGCGAGUGUGGAUGGGGGGAGCGGAGCCGGUACGCCUGUGCGAUUCUAGAGGGAAGG